UUGAGUCCGCUGUGCAAUUCUAGGCUUCGAAAACUUAUUGGUACCUACUUUUUUUCUAUUGUGGAACACGCUUUACCAUUAAUUUAGACAUUUAUCUCAUAAAUAAUGGAUGAGUCACUAGAAGCAGAGCUAUCGUUCGCAGAAAAUGCUCAACCGGCACAACCCAUGGAGACUAGUCAGACGGACAACACUUUAGCUCAACCUGGAACUGUUGUUCCCGGCGGGAAACCAGAAGAAUUUUCUGUGGAGAAAAUACUUGACAGAAGGGUUAAAAACGGGAAAGUCGAAUAUCUGUUAAAGUGGAAAGGGUACUCUAAUGAAGACAACACUUGGGAACCAGAAGACAACCUUGACUGUCCUGAGCUGAUAUCAGCAUAUGAAGAAGCAAGAAUGAAAAAAGAGAGAGAAGCUGCGCAAGUUGUACCUGAUAUAUCAGAAGAAAACUUAGCAACCAGGAAAAGAUCUAAAAGAGGAUCCAAAAAGAAAAUUGAGGAAAUUGAAAAGCCUAGAGGUCUCGCCCGUGGUUUGGAACCUGAGAAGAUUUUGGCUGGCCAGCUAUUCCAUGGUACACUGUUUUUCUUGGUGAAAUGGCGGAAUUGUCUUGAAAUGGAUGUUGUACCAGGACACAGUUUAGGCGAAGCAUUUCCGGAAUUUGUUAUUGAUUACUAUGAGAAAUGUGCACCUUUCAGUGUUAGACAUAAGGACAUGAAAGUUUUUAGAGAAGCGCCCGAGUUACCUUCAGACGAUCCAACUCAGCCUGAAACGGAAACUUCUACCAAAGUGGCUGAAGACACAUUAACUAACAGUGAAGCAGUUGAAUCGCGAGUAGAACCUCCGUCUUCUGUGCCAGUUGCUGAGAGGGCGUCUCCAACCUUAGAAGUGCCUGUCAACUGAACUAAAUAAAACCGACCACGACUGCCCGAUAACAUUACUUUUCAGUUAGAACAAUCCAGAAAUAAUCUAAUGUAUUUUGUAUUUUUUUAAUACGCUUUUAUUAGCUUCAGACGUAUGUAUGUUUGUAACGGAAUCUUUGAACAUGAUUUUGACCCCCUUCAAAAUG